CCCCUCCGGCCCGCGGAUGCUCCGGGGCAGCGGCGGCGGCGCCGCGCGGGGCCAUGGCGGCCCCGGACAGCUGCGUCAAGGUGGCCGUGAGGAUCCGCCCGCAGCUGCCCAAGGAGAAGAUAGAGGGAUGCCACAUCUGUACCUCGGUGACUCCUGGCGAGCCCCAGGUGCUGCUGGGCAAGGACAAGGCCUUCACCUAUGACUUUGUCUUUGACCUGGACACGUGGCAGGAGCGGAUCUACACCACGUGCAUGGGGAAGCUCAUCGAGGGCUGCUUCGAGGGCUACAAUGCCACUGUGCUGGCCUACGGGCAGACUGGAGCAGGGAAGACCUACACCAUGGGCACUGGCUUCGACAUGAGCACCUCGGAGGAGGAGCAGGGCAUCAUCCCCAGGGCCAUCAGCCACCUCUUCAGCGGCAUCGAGGAGCGCAGGCGAGCGGCCCAGAGCCAGGGCCUGGCAGCGCCCGAGUUCAAAGUCAGCGCCCAGUUCCUGGAGCUCUACAACGAGGAGAUCCUGGACCUGUUCGACAGCACCCGCGACCCCGACGCGCGCCACCGCAAAUCCAACAUCAAAAUCCACGAGGAUGCCAGCGGGAGCAUCUACACCACGGGGGUCACGUCACGCCUCAUCAGCUCACAGGAUGAGCUGAUCCAGUGCCUAAAACAAGGAGCUCUGUCCCGCACCACGGCCAGCACCCAGAUGAACGUGCAGAGCUCCCGAUCCCAUGCCAUCUUCACUAUUCACCUGUGCCAGACGAGAGUGUGUGCCCGCCCAGAGCUGGUGAAUGAGGAGGUGAGCAGCCUUCUGGAUGGAUCCCAACCCGCUGCUGAGUACGAGACCUUGACAGCCAAGUUUCACUUUGUGGACCUGGCUGGCUCGGAGAGGCUGAAGCGCACGGGUGCCACCGGCGAGAGAGCGAAGGAGGGCAUCUCCAUCAACUGCGGGCUGCUGGCCUUGGGGAAUGUCAUCAGUGCCCUUGGAGACCAGAGCAAGAAGGUCGUGCACGUGCCCUACCGCGACUCCAAGCUCACCCGCCUGCUGCAGGAUUCCCUCGGGGGCAACAGCCAAACCAUCAUGAUUGCCUGCGUGAGCCCCUCUGACCGGGAUUUCAUGGAGACCCUGAACACGCUCAAGUACGCCAACCGGGCCCGCAACAUCAAGAACAAGGUGGUGGUGAACCAGGACAAGACGAGCCAGCAGAUCAGCGCCCUGAGGGCCGAGAUCGCCCGGCUGCAGAUGGAGCUGAUGGAGUACAAGGCCGGCAAGCGGGUGAUCGGGGAGGAUGGCACGGAGGGCUACAGCGACCUGUUCCGGGAGAACGCCAUGCUGCAGAAGGAGAACAGUGCCCUGCGCAUGCGGGUCAAGGCCAUGCAGGAGGCCAUCGACGCCAUCAACAGCAGGGUCACCUACCUCAUGAGCCAGGAGGCCAACCUGAUGCUGGCCAAAGCAGGUGACGGUAACGAAGCCAUCGGCGCCCUCAUCCAGAACUACAUCCGGGAGAUUGAGGAGCUGAGGACAAAGCUCCUGGAGAGCGAGUCCAUGAACGAGUCCCUGCGCCGCAGCCUCUCGCGGGUCUCUGCCCGGCCCCCCUACCCCGUGGGCUCCUCGCCCGCCGGCCUGGCCGGGCUGUGCAGCCCCGCCGCCCCCCUGGACACUGAGGCCUCCGACGUCCUCCGGCGCGCCAAGCAGGACCUGGAGCGCCUGAAGAAGAAGGAGCGGCGACAGCAGAGGAAGAGCCCAGAGAAGGAGGCGUUUAAGAAGCGGCAGAAACUGCAGCAGGACACUGGGGAGGAGACAGAUGAGAACGAGGUGGAAGAGGAGGAGGAAGAACAGGAUGAGAGUGGCUGUGAGGAAGAGGAUGGGCGUGAGGAUGAAGAUGAGGACUCGGGCAGUGAAGAGAGCCUGGUGGACUCGGACUCGGAUGCAGAGGAGAAGGCCGUGAAUUUCCAGGCUGACCUGGCGGAUCUGACCUGUGAGAUUGAGAUCAAGCAGAAGCUGAUUGAUGAGCUGGAGAACAGCCAGCGGCGUUUGCAGACCCUCAAGCACCAGUAUGAGGAGAAGCUGAUCCUACUGCAGAACAAGAUUCGGGACACGCAGCUGGAGCGGGACCGGGUCCUACAAAACCUCAGCACCAUGGAGUGCUACACGGAGGAGAAAGCCAACAAGAUCAAGGCAGACUAUGAGAAGCGGCUGAAGGAGAUGAACCGGGACCUGCAGAAGCUGCAGGCAGCCCAGAAGGAGCACGCUCGCCUGCUCAAGAACCAGUCCCGCUACGAGCGGGAGCUGCGCAAGCUGCAGGCAGAAGUGGCCGAGAUGAAGAAGGCAAAGGUGGCACUGAUGAAGCAGAUGCGGGAGGAGCAGCAGCGGCGGCGGCUGGCGGAGACCAAGAGGAACCGGGAGAUCGCGCAGCUCAAGAAGGAGCAGCGCCGGCAGGAGUUCCAAAUCAGGGCUCUGGAAUCUCAGAAGCGACAGCAGGAAAUAGUGCUGCGGAGGAAAACCCAGGAGGUGUCAGCACUGCGCCGUCUGGCCAAGCCCAUGUCAGAGCGGGUGGCAGGCAGGAUGAGCCAGAAGCCGGCCAUGAUGGACUCGGGCGCCGAGGUCUCGGCCAGCACCACCUCCUCCGAGCCCGAGUCUGGCGCUCGCUCCGUCUCCAGCAUUGUGCGCCAGUGGAACAGGAAAAUCAACAACUUUCUGGGAGACCCCUCGUCCUCCAUUAAUGGGGCUCGGCCUGCCAGGAAGAAGUUCCCCAAGAAGGGGACGAGCCAGACCUUCAGCAAAGCUGCCCGCCUCAAGUGGCAGUCCCUGGAGCGGCGCAUCUUUGACAUUGUCAUGCAGAGAAUGACCAUUGUCAACCUGGAGGCAGACAUGGAGAGGCUCAUCAAGAAACGUGAGGAGCUAUCACUGCUGCAGGAGGCAUUGCUGGGCAAGCGGGCAAAGCUGCAGGCAGAGAGCCCCAAGGAGCAGAAGGGUCUGCAAGAGCUGAACGAGGAAAUUGAGGUGCUGGGGGCCAACAUUGACUAUAUCAACGACAGCAUUUCAGACUGCCAGGCCACCAUCAUGCAGAUUGAGGAGACCAAGGAGGAGCUGGACUCCACGGACACCUCGGUGGUGAUCAGCUCCUGCUCCCUGGCCGAAGCCCGGCUGCUGCUGGACAACUUCCUGAAAGCCUCCAUCGACAAGGGGCUGCAGGUGGCCCAGAAGGAGGCCCAGAUCCGGCUGCUGGAGGGGCGCCUGCGGCAGACGGACGUGGCCAGCUCCUCGCAGAACCACGCGCUGCUGGACGCCCUGAGGGAGAAGGCUGAGUCGCACCCCGAGCUGCAGGCACUGAUCCACAACGUGCAGCAAGAGAACGGCUACACCAGCACGGACGAGGAGGUUUCAGAGUUCAGCCUGGCCUCAGAUGGGAGCAUCUCCCAGUCUUUCACCAUGAAGGGUUCAGCAAGCCAGGAUGACUUCAAGUUCAAGGGAGAGCCCAAGCUCUCGGGGCAGAUGAAGGCAGUGUCAGCUGAGUGUCUGGGACCCACGCUGGACGUCUCCACCAAGAACAUCACCAAGUCCUUGGCAUCCCUCAUGGAGAUCAAAGAGGACGGGAUCGGCUUCUCCAUCCGGGACCCCUAUUACAAGGAGAAGGUGUCGCGCACCAUCAGCCUGCCCACGCGAGGAAGCACCUUUCCCAGGCAGUCCCGGGGCUCGGACACUUCGCCUCUGACCAGGCGGAAAUCCUAUGACCGUGGGCAACCUGCCAGGCCUGCAGACAUUGGCUUCACACCACCCUCAUCCCCACCCACCCGUCCGCGCAACGACCGCAACGUCUUCUCCCGUCUCACGAGCACCCAGAGCCAGGGAUCUGCCUUGGACAAGUCUGAUGACAGCGAUUCCUCUGUCUCGGAGGUGCUGAGGGGCAUCAUUAACCCGGUGGGUGGCACCAAGAACGCCCGGACAGCCCCGCUGCAGUGUGUCUCGGUGGCAGAGGGACACACCAAGCCUGUGCUCUGCCUGGAUGCCACCGACGAGCUGCUCUUCACCGGCUCCAAAGACCGGAGCUGCAAAAUGUGGAACCUGGUGACAGGCCAGGAAAUCGCUUCUCUCAAGGGUCACCCAAACAAUGUGGUUUCCAUCAAGUACUGCAGCCACACGGGGCUGGUGUUCACCGUGUCCACGUCGUACAUCAAGGUGUGGGACAUCCGCGACUCCGCCCGCUGCGUCCGCACCCUCACGUCUUCUGGGCAGGUGAUCUCUGGGGAUGCGUGUGCCGGGACCAGCAGCCGCACGGUGGCCAGCGUGCAGGGCGAGCACCAGAUCAACCAGAUCGCGCUCAACCCGGGCGGCACCGCGCUCUACGCGGCCGCCGGCAACACCGUCCGUGUCUGGGAGCUCAGCAGGCUGCAGCCCGUGGGAAAGCUGAGUGGCCACAUCGGGCCGGUGAUGUGUCUGACAGUGAACCAGACGGCGAGCAACCACGACCUGGUGGUCACCGGCUCCAAGGAUCACUACGUCAAGGUGUUUGAGAUCACGGAGGGCAUGGGGGGCAAUAUUGGCCCCACUCACAACUUCGAGCCCCCUCACUACGAUGGCAUCGAGUGCCUGGCCAUCCAGGGAGAUGUCCUCUUCAGUGGCUCCAGGGACAACGGCAUAAAGAAGUGGGAUCUGGAGCAGCAGGAACUUAUCCAGCAAAUCCCCAAUGCCCACAAAGACUGGGUGUGUGCCCUGGCCUUCAUCCCCGGCCGCCCCAUGGUGCUGAGCGCCUGCCGAGGCGGCGUCAUCAAAGUGUGGAACGUGGACAGCUUCACCCCAGUCGGGGAGAUCAAGGGGCACGACAGCCCCAUCAACGCCAUCUGCACCAACUCCAAGCACAUCUUCACUGCCUCCAGCGACUGCCGGGUAAAGUUAUGGAAUUACGUGCCUGGGCUCACCCCUUGCCUUCCACGACGCGUCCUUGCCAUAAAGGGCCGUGCUACUAGUCUGCCUUGACCCUCCUGCUCUUUGACUCUCUUGCUCAUAUGCUCCUCUUCAGUCUCCCCUUCCCUUUUCUCUCCAUCUCUCCCUCCCUCUGUCCCUCUCACUGUUGCUUUUGCUCCUCUCUCUCUUUCCCUCCCCCCCUUUUUCUCUGGUCUGAGCUGCUUCUUCACGGUAUGAAACUAUUCUGCGUUUUUCCACUUGAUAAGUCUCUGUUAGAAUGGACUCGGCCCCUUGUCCCAGUCAUAGCCCUGCCUUGGUUUCACUUCUUUUUGGUUUUUUUUCCUCGCCAAGUGCCCACAUCUACUUUGGCAACUCAGUGGGAAGCCGUGGCCUGUCCGUGCCUUCGCAUGGCUAGUGGGUUGGGAGUCAGCAGCCCCCCAAACCAGCCCAUGCUCCCUGGAUAUCCCUGCUGGGACCUAGCUGGAGCUCGUUCAGGGCGGGGAGGAGUCCUGGUGUGGGGUCAGCCCUGGAGUUCUCCCGUUCCUUUGUCCCCAGCUCCUGCCUGCGGGUGAGCUGCAGGCUGAGCCCCAUCGGGCUCUUGCCUUCUCCCCAAGGUGCCUCAGACAGCGUCCUGCCAAGGGAAGAGGGCCUGGAAGUGUGGGGGGCUGCAUGCUGGGGAUGGGGAGCGAGCACCCUGUGGGGCAGUGUCUGUGGGGCUCCUGCCCCGACCCCUGGGUCAUGCUGUCCCUCUCACCUUUGUUCCCAGCGACUUGACAGUGAAGCUCUGGAGUGGGAGGAGGUUGCCUGCGGGGUCAAACUAGGAACUGCAGAAAGACUGGAAGGCUGGGGCAGGGUGAAGGUCAGGGUACCUCUCCCUGCUGUCAGGACUCGGUCACCCACAGGAGCUCAGCCCAGGACAGGGAUUUCUUUGUGCCUGACCCAACGGGGUGGACGAUGCUGCGUCUGGUACUUCGAGCACUGUCAGCUCCCGUGAGGAAGCAGCUCUGGGGAGCACCAGCAGCUCCACCUGCCCUCCUGCUGAUGUUUCUCGAUGGUUCUCCAGUGAACAGGAAAUGUUUCAUCUCUCCUCUCGCCCACCCUGCUGUGAGGACUUUGGGGGUCAGAGACCCCUGACCCCUCAGAGACACCCGGUUCCCUGCUGCCACCGUGGGCCCACGUGGCCUCUGUCGCUGUGCUGCUCCCGGGCUGGUUCCUGCAGGAGCCCUCUCCGCUCCACGAGGACAUUUGGUGUCUGCUGGCCAGGACCACAACACAGAGGGGCUUCUCUGGAGCCAUUACUUGUGAGACACCUCUGCUGUGGGGACUGCAGAAGGAUUUCCUGGUACUCCCAGCCUCCCCUUUCCUUGUGGACGUGUCCCCAGUGGUUGGAGAGCUGCACUCUGAGCUCCUUGGCCGUGUCCCAUCUGGUGAGGCACAGCAGGCCUGGGAAGAUCUCCACUGGACAGCUUCCAGACAGAGCUGCUGCAGCUCCCUUUGACACUCUCCAAACCCCAGUUGUAAACUCCACUGCCCCAUGGCUCUGCUCUGGACAUCGUGGCCCCCAUCAGGACUUCGUGCUGGGUUCCUGCAGCGAGUUAAUCCCCUUGGGACGGAGAAACGAAGCAAGAAUGGAAGUCACGGGGCAAAAGAGCCAAGGCUGGACUUGUCACCCCACUGCUGUGGCUCUGUCUGUCCUUCCCUUGGGUUGUGCCCUCCGAGCUCUGCCUGGACUGGGGCUUGCUCAGGCUGGGCCUGCAGGAUGGAGAGGAGCCAGCAAGGCUCGGAGCAGCCAGAGCCGCUGUGAUGGAGCAGAGCAGGGGGGGUUGCACACUCUGCCCUUGCACAAGGCCCCUGAUUCCCCCUGUGCUCCAAGGACAGUCCUGCAGUGGAUGAUCUUGCACAAUCUCAUCUCCUUGAAGGUCUGGGGGCUCCACCGAGGAGUGUCUCCCCAAGGACGCACAUUCUGCAGGCUCCUUCCUCUGUCUCUCCUGUUCAAGGGGGGCUGGUAAGGCCCUGCUCUCACACUGGAGCUUCCCUCCAUCUCUCCCAUGGCCCACUGGACCAUCCCCUGCUCUGUCCUGCCCUGGGCCACCCAGGGUUCUUGUGGAGUGGUCGAGGAGACCCCAGGACGGGUGUUCCUGCCUCACACACUCUCCUUUCCCCUUUGUCACAGAAGAAGCAGCACUUGAACUCAAAUUUAAGGAUUUCUCCAUGUGAUCCCACCAGCACUGAACUGGGAUCUUGGAGGCCAGGGGCUCCAGGACCUGCCCCAUAAAGCACAGACCAUUUCCCCUCUGCUCUCUCCAACCACGGUGACACCUUGACCUGCCCCAGGUCAGCUGCCCUUGUUCCAGCAUUCUGGCUGGAGUGAGGGGAUUCCUCUGCAUCAAGAAGGACAGGAGUAUCUCUAUUGAUUUUGUGGGGGAAGGGGGGUUGUCUUUUUUUGGGAAAAUUCCAUCCUGCUGGCUUGCCUUGGUGGAGGGUAAAUGGUACCUGAGUGUGGGUGUGAGUGUGAGUGUGAGUGUGAGUGUGAGUGUGAGUGACCCUGCCCAGGACAGUCACUGGUCCCUGUGAAGGUGGCUGAGCCCUGCACAGCCAGGACUGGUGACUGUGUUGAGGAGGUUGAGGAGAGGCUCCCACCCAUCCUGUGUGACCUGUGGAACUGAGGGUGCAGCCAAAAAUGCACAGAGACCUCACCAGCCAAGGGCACACAGCCAUGGUGGGGGUCUGGGGGUCUGCAGGAGCUGUCUCCACCCUAAGCCUGUCUUGGAGAGGGCUUCUGCACUCAUUCCUCAGCUGGUUUAUCCUUUGCUUGGCUGGAGGGGCUCUGUGUGUGUGUGGGUGUCUCUGCUGAGUGCUUGGCUGUAGCCUGGUGUCGUGUGUGAGCCUCUGUCUGCUCUGAGAUCUCCAGUGCCUGGAGCCUUCCCUGCUGCCAUGGGUGAAGGGGGCACAGCUGGGGUCACACCUGCCUUGCCUUUUGCCACCAAUACCUUCCUGUGUGCAGGCUGCAGGUGCCUGUUCAGCACUGCAGGGCUGAGGGGCCGGUCCUGGGUGAUGCUCAGCCUCUCUUGCUGCUGUGUCCAGCAGCCCCAAGGCUCUCACAGCCUGUGGAGGGAGGGAGGGAGCUGCUGCUGGGGCAUUGGUGUCCUGAGGCAGGGGGUUUGAAGUGAGGAGAGUCCUGAUUUAGGAAUAGCAUUCUCCAAUUUAGUGCUCCCACUAAAACCCUGCACCACUCAUAUCCCCAUCCCCAUCCCCAUCCCCAGCAGGGUUGAGAGGGGAGAUGGAGGCACAAAAGAUGAAGAUCACAGAUUGAGAGAAGAGCAAUUUACUGGAAAGAGCAGUGAGAUAAAAGACAAACAGUAAAACAGCAACAAUAUUAAUAACAGAAGUAUCCAAAAGAAAGAAUGAUUCACAUGCAGAAUGCUCACCCUGACUUGCCUGCAGCUGUGUUCUACUGACCAGAGUAGACCUCUCCUCUGGGGAGAAGGAAUGGAUCCUGCCCCUGAAUAUCUCCAUGGCAUCAGGGUACACUGUGUGUAAAGCCUUACACUCUUGUGCCAGCCUUGGACCCACACAGCCCAGCAGGGCCCAUUGCUGCCCUCCCCUCCCCUAAGUGACAUUUGCUCUUUUAUUCUGAGCACGUGCCCACUGGAAACUGGGGUGGCAUUGAUCCUUGAAGAAUUUCCUGCAGCUGUUGUUUUUCCUCUCAGCUCACACACCCAUGCUUGGGCCGGAGGUGGGUUUUCCUUCCCUCUUCCUCUUGUCCUCUCUGUGCCCAUGCAGGUAAAACCACAGGUUGCCUUGUGGUGUGCCCUCUCUUGAGAGAGGCUCUGGUCUGUACUGGUGUGACAUGGGACAUUUCCUCAGUCCACAGUCCAUGGACUGGGCCAGUCUUAGACAGUCUUUUUACACAGUUGGGACACAGGUUGUCAGGGAGAAAAAAAUGAUGAUCUUCAUCAUCAGAGUUGGGGAGUCACCUUUAACACUGUUUGUUCUCCUUCUGUUCAGAUCCCUGAAUAACCUCCCUAGAAAUCUCUUUCUCGACUCCAAAGAUUAUGAGGCCUGCAGUAAGGAGACCUGGAAAAAUACGAUUUCCUUAACAUUCAAAGGGAAUUCAGAGCUUCAAAAGCUAUUUUAACAGGCCUCAAGCAGGAAAAGUGAGUGAAAGACUGGGGAAAAUCAUCCACAUCAGUGCCAAUGACCUGUGCUGUGUACAACCUCCUGGCACGUGCAUGGUGUGCACUGGAGCUCAUCUGCAGGGCACUGCUGCUUGUUUGAAUCCCUAGGGACUCCCUCUGCCACUCCCUGGGGUGCUGGGCACCUUCUCCAUGCUGCUCCACCUGCCUGGGUGCUCUGCUCGAUCAUCCCUGAGGGAAUGCCUUUCCCUCAGCCUGGCAGGAGCUGCCUGCAGAGGUGGGGGUUUCUGUGCUCUUCCCUUGUCCAUGCCCACGUCCCAGGACAGGGAUCCCUGUUUGGCUUCGCUCCCAUCUGGCUCCACAGCGUGGCUGCAGCAUCCCAGCAUUGCAGCAGUGGGGUCAGCAGGGGCUCAACCCCCCCUGGCAGCUGAAACCUCUUCAGAUUUCCCUCACCUGGGGUGGGGAUGGGGUGAUUAUCCCCAGCCCUGCCUCCUCCUCCUGUUGUGAGGGCCCUGCUUCCUCUUCAUCCCUCUCCAUACAAACUGGGUAGAGAUUUGGAUUUCUUCUGUGUAGGGGCACUGCUGCCAGCACGGGUUGUUCCUGUGCUUCAGCUGCAGCUUGAGUGGCCACAGUGCCUGCUGCUCUGCCUUCCUCCUCCUCCUCCUCCUCCUGAGGGUGCUGUCUGGUGCAAAGCAGUGUCUGAUAAAUGCUGACAGGGCCCAGCACGCUGCGUGAGGCUCCUCGCUGGAACUGCCACAGCAUUCUCCUUGCAAGUGCUCUGGCACUUUUACAGCGUCCUGUACUUGUUCAGGGGGACACUUCCAAACCACUGGAGGAGAGAAUUUCUUCCCAAAGUGGCCCAUUGUCUCCCACAUUCCGUGCCAAUCAUGACUAUUCCCCAUCAGGAUAGAUCUCUGAGUAACUUCCCUAGAAAUCUCUUUCUUGACUCCAAAGAUUAUGUGGCCUGCAGCAAGGUGAUCUGGAAAAAUAUGAUUUCCUUAACAUCCAAAGGGAAUUCAGAGCUUCAAAAGCUGUUUUAACAGGCCUCAAGGGGGGAAAGUGGGUGAAAGUCUGGGGAAAAUCAUCCUCCCCUGUUGCCCCCAGAGGUCAUGAUGUUUAUUAAUGGACUCCCAAAGGAAGUGCCUGAGGUAAGGGUAGGAGGGCAACACUCAAGACAUAUCCCAAAUGCCCCUCACUGCCCUUGGUGUUAUCAUGGCAUAAAGUGACAGAGCAAUCCUGAUCCCCCUCCCUGAGACAGGCUGUGAUGGGAACAGACAGAAAUAUGAACAGGGUUAGGUACCCACAUAGGCAGACCAGAAAACAUUGUCACCACUGGCUCAGCACCUAAUGCAGAAAAUGUUUAGAUCAAAUAUGCUUCCAACCCACUCUGGGCAGAUCUGUUGUUAUCUCAACCGUUCAAGCCCUACUUUGGAUGCAAAAACAAAACAAAACAAAACAAAACAAACUGUUGUGGUUUAGGAAUGGUAUUCCCCAAUUUAGUGUUCCCACUAAAACUGUGCACUGCCACAAGCCCCAGCUCCUUCCUUCCCUGUGGUGGAAUGGAGAGGAGAACUGGAGGCACAAAGGUGAAAAAAUCACAGGUAGAGAUUGACUGGAAACAGCAAUGAGAUAAAAACAAUUAACAGCAACAAUAUUAAUAACAAAAGUGUACAAAAGAGAGAAAAUCACAUGCAAAUGCUCACCGCAGUGCAAGCUACCCUGACUGGAAGAGAUCCCUUCUCCCUGGAAGAGACUCCCUUCCCCCUGCCCAGCAAUGAUGUGAGGUGGUCUGAAAGGACCUCUGGGCUCUGGCCAUGGCCCCUCCUGGCUACUGCAAAAAUUAACUCUGUCCUGGCUGGAACCAGGCCAGGGGUGACUGUGAUCCCAUAGCUGUGUGUGUGUGUGUGUGUGUGUGUGUGUGUGUGUGUGUCUCAGUACCUGUGUGGGUUGAUGUUUCUCAUGCAAAAGAGCAUUUUUUGGGUGUUGAUCUGGUUUAGCUACCUCACGGUGCAAGCUGGGUGCUGUCGUCAUUGGGUUUCCUGUUGGGGAUGGGGUGGGGAUUUUGUGGUGUAAGAUUUUUUUUUCUCUCUUAAUUAUUGUUAUUGUUAUGGUUUUGACACUUGAAUUCGUCCUGGGGACACGUGGCCUCACUGCCACCUUGCUGCAUGUCUGAGCCACCCGCUGUGUUCCCAGCCCUGCCUCCUCCUGGGCAGGGCAGCAGGGCUGGAGUCCCUGCCCUGCCAGCUCCCCCUUUGCUGUGGGAUCCCCCAGAGCGAGAUUCUGCUCCCAUUUCUCAUGGGAUUCCUGGCUGGGGAUCUGUGGUGUUGCCAUCGGUGAUUGGGCUGAUUGGCAGCCUGGAUGUGGCUCCCAUGUGGUCCCAUGGCAGGGUGGAAAGGGAGCUCUGACAGGCUGGGCUCAGCCCGAAUUUCUCCCUCUGCUCUCACAGAUGCUCUCUGUGGCUGUGAUGGAGCUCUCGACUGGGAAAUGUCUGUGCAAAGCACAUUGCUGGCAUGGGCUGGCUCCAGCCACCACUGCCCAGAGCCAGCUGCAGGGCAGCUGUAAAAGCCUCUGCCCAGGCUGGGGAUGGUGUGUGAGAAGCUGAUUCUGGUGUGUGAUGUUUGAUUUUUCACUCCCAAAAAACGUAGUUGUGUCCAGAUUCAGUGCCAGGCACGGAACAGAAACCAGGGGGCCCUGGAGCCCCCAGCUCAGGCUGGCACGGGGCCUGGGCAGCCACACGGCCAGUUUGGGGUGGCACUAAAGCACAAGGUCCCACACGCAGGUGGGUCGAGGAGGGGUGGCCCCUGGGACCCCCAGAGCUCCAGUGGCACCAUGGGCUGAGACAGGAGGAGGAGGAGGACUGGGAUGAAGGCUCUUUGCCUGUGGGUGAGCUGUUCCAUCCCUGUGCACUGUGCUGGCUGCACGACUGAAGUCCCCUCUGGUGGUCUCAGAGCCCCUCUGAGAGCCCCCCCGGGCAGGGACACUUUGGAGCUGCCUUUGUACCACGCACCUUGUUCUCCUCUGCCCUGGGCACCUCGAUUUGUGACCAGGCUGUGAUCAUAGCUGCACUCCUUCCUCAAGCUGCUGGGUCAUGCCUCUUCCCCCAGGGCCUAACUCUUGCUCUGGGGGUCUCCUCACCCCCAGCACACAGCUCCAGCCUCUGUGCAGGGAGCAGGGCUGCCCCAGAGCUGAGCUUUGCACAACAGGGGUGGACCAGAGUCAGGAGCCUAAAAGCACUGGAUCCCCAAACCACUGUGAGCCCUCCUGAGCAGUGUCCCCUCCCUGCCACCUCCAGCUCUGAUGACACAGGCUGGGCUGGCCAGCUGCGAGGAAUGGGAGCUCUGGGGUCCCAUCCUGUCCCCCCAGGUGUGAUGUUCCUCCCCACCACCUCUCAGCACAUCUGCUCAGGGGUCUCAGUUGCUGCCUCCUGCCUUGGUGCUGCAAACCCAGUGCCUGCUUCCCACGGUGCUCUCCCAGUGCUCCUCACCCCUCCUCCUGUGCUCCUCACCGGUCCUGCCCGUGCCCCACACUGCAGAGAGUCCAGGUACCAUCCCUGAUCCCUGCCACGCACAGGGUUCCAGCUUGCUUCCCACAGGCUCCCGGGGGUUUCACUGUCUCCUGCAGGCUGCACAUCCUCCUGAGCCCCCCUCACCCUUCUGGGAAGGGACGAGGACCCCCAGCCCCUCCAGGUGCUGCAUGGUGCUCCAGCUGUAACUGGGGCAGGCCCAGCUCCCAGAAAAUACAGCCCUGCACUCCCUCCCGCCCCAGGGCUUGUCCCCCACCCAGCACAGCUCUGCCCUGGCUCCUUCCAGCUCUCCCCCCGCCUGGGAGCCCCGGGUGCAGCCCCCCGUGGGGCUGGGCAGCUGCAGCACUGUGUCCCCUGCUCCAUCUCUCUCUCUGCACAAGGAGCACAACAGCAGAUGCCUUUUCACACUCGGAGCUUUUUCCAGAGGCCAGCUGCUCUGGAGGCUGCUGUGGCCUCUGGGGGGGUUGUGCAGCCUGGCCCCGGGCUGGGUUUGUCAGAGCAUGAGGUGUGUGUGUGUUUUCUACCUUGGUGUGUUCCUGUAAAUAGUGUAAGUUAUUGUGCUUUCCUGCUGUACGUUUUUUCAAUGGCUGUUUGUUUCUUGCCUUUUUGUCUUUGCAAAUAAAAUGUUCUGGACAUGAA